AUGAGAAGUAUCGCCUUCGUUUGUCUAGUGGCUACAGUGGCCCUUGUUUACUCAAGAGAAGUGCGGUACAAGAGGAACGCUGAUCUAGAAGCCGCUGCGUCUCAUCACUGGGAAAAGGGAGAAGGUGGCGGCCAUCAUGGUGAACACUUCGGCGAAUAUGGCGGUCACGACGAGAAAGGUUACAAGGGCCACCAUGAGCACGAACACGGGAAAAAGGGACAUUCCGAUCACGAAGGCCACAAAGGCCACUACGACGAGCAUGGUGGACACAAAAAACAACAUCACCACGACGAUGGGUACUACGACGAGCAUAACCACGGAGAGAAAGGAGAGAAGGGAUACGGUUUCGAAGAGAAGGGACACUUCCACAAGGGACACUCGACUAAAGGUCACCACGGAAUUCACAAGAUAGACGAAUUUAAAAAGGACAAACACUUCCACGAUAAGCACGGCGAAUCUGGAUUCGAAGAGGGAUACGGUGGCCACCAUUAUGAAGGUGGAUACAAAGAAGGAGGACAUUUCCACAAAGGCCAUGAAGAUGGUGGCUUCCAUGAGCACGAACAGGGCGAAAAGGGACAUCAUGAGAAGGGGGGUCACCACCACGACCAUAAGGGCCACCACGACGAAGGCGGAAACGAAGAACAUUGGGCGCAUAACGAAGGCCACGGCAGUAAAGGUGGCCAUGAGGACCACAAGGGAUGGGGCUGGAAAGGACAC